CGAUUGGUGGUGGACUGUUUCCCUGAGACACAGCGGAUCACCAUCAGAGGGGACAUCUACACUGAUCAUCAGGGCAAGGAUGAUCAGUGUGCCCUGAUGAUCAGUGUAGCCCCAUCAGUGCCACCUGUCAGUGCCACCUCAAUGCCACAUAUCAGUGCCUACCACUGCACAUCAAUGCCACAUAUCAGUGCCCAUCUGAGCUGUUUUUCAGUGCCACCUAUCAGUGCCAGUCAGUACCGCCUAUUAGUACUACAAAUUAGUGCCACCUAUCAGUGCCAGUCACUGCUGCUUAUCAGUACCAGUCAGUGCCGCUUAUCAGUGCCCGUCAGUGCCGCUGUUCAGUGCCUGUCAGUG